AAAAAACAUUCUUUCCGCCCAAUCACAGUCACACCCAAUUUCGGUUUCACUUUUCAUUGAAACGAAUAUACAUUUUGUUUUGUGAGAAUUCACGAGAUUAAUUACCACUAAUUACAGCGUAUGUCUUAAUCCUUUCUUCAUCCACUAUUUAAAGUUCGUUAAAAUCUGUGAAGCCGAUCAGACUUUUUGAAUGUCUGAAUAUUCUUUCCCAUAAUACGCGGUCCAAAUCACCCCCAAUAUAAGGUCUUUCCUCAUUUAGGGUUUCCAACAUCCCCUUUUUCCUUCUCCUCCAACCAUGCUUCAUCGGAAUAAUUACAAGCUGUGAAUUGUGAUCCUCCAAUUCUAUCGUAUGCUAUUCAAACCGUACCGAUUUCUGGUUUUCUAGAAAUUUGAGUUUUCUUUUUUAAAAGAAGGUGUAUCGUUGCAUUUCUAUUGACGAUUUUCCUAUCUUUUUUGUUUUGCAUCUGGAUAUUGCUUGAAAUUUCGUUUUUCUGGUGAAAGAGAGAGGAUUCGGGUUCGGAUUUUUGAAUUUCUGCAUUUUUCUGGUGAAAGAGAGAGGAUUCGGGUUCGGAAAUUUGAAUUUCUGCAUUUUUCUGUUUUCUAUCCGGUUAGAAUUGGGGUUCCUGCUGUUAUUGCUCAUUAGCGUUUGCAGAUGUUUUUUUUCCCCCAAAUUUGAAUUGUGGUGAUUUGAUUGGCUCUGAGUUUCAUGUAAAGAAAAGAAAAAAAAAGUUGGAAUUAUCGGAGUUGCAGAUUUGAAUUGGAUGAGCUGAGAUUUGUGAAUCGAGAAAUGCCAUCAACAGAUUUUCAAGAGUCGUCUUCAUCCCCAUCGAGCUUCAAUUUGUCGAUCCUGAGCCGGAGGCGCGAUCAGGUGCACUCGAUGGAUUCCCCUCCGCUGGAAUCUAACGGGCAGCAAUCCGACCUGGAGGCGUUCCAGCGCACAGUGGCGGAGCGCUUCCAGGACUUGGCCGCAGCGCCCUCGGAGGAGCUCCUCUCGAUCCCAUGGAUCCGCAAGCUCCUCGACACAUUCCUCUGCGUCCAUGAAGAAUUCCGAUUGAUUGUCUUCAACCACAAGAGCAGCCUCGCCAAACCCCCCAUGGACAAGUACAUUACUGAUUUCUUCGAGCGCAGCGUCAAGGCGCUCGACGUCUGCAACGCCAUCCGCGACGGCAUCGAGCAGAUUCGCCACUGGCAGAAGCAGCUCGAGAUCGUGCUCUGCGCCCUCGACAACCAGCGCAGCAUCGGUGAGGGCCAGUUCCGCCGCGCCAAGAAGGCCCUCAUCGACCUCACCAUCGCAAUGCUCGACGAGAGGGACUCCAACACCACCGUCUCCCACCGCAACCGCUCCUUCGGCCGCCAGAGCAACUCCCGGGCGGAGCCCCGCUCCAUGGCCAACUUCCGGUCGCUGUCGUGGAGUGUGUCGAGGACUUGGUCGGCUGCGAGGCAGCUGCAGGCGAUCAGCAGCAACCUGGCCCCGCCCCGGGGGAACGAGAUCUCCGCCACCAACGGGCUCAACGUGGGCGUCUUCACCAUGAGCUACGUGCUGCUGUUCGUGAUGUGGGCGCUGGUGGCGGCCAUCCCCUGCCAGGACAGGGGCCUGCCCACGCACUUGUUCACGAGGCAGUUUGCGUGGGCAGCCCCCAUUGGCUCCCUCUACGAGCGGAUCAUGGAGGAGUCCAAGAGGCGGGAUAGGAGGAACACGUGCGGUUUGAUGAGGGAAAUUUAUGAGAUUGAGAAAUGUGUGAGGCUUAUGAAUGAGCUGACUGAUUGUGUUGAGUUCCCAUUGACGGAGGAGAGGGAGAGGCAGGUGAAGCAGAGGGUGCAGGAGAUCGGGAAGAUAUACGAGGCCAUCAAGGAGGGUUUGGAUCCGUUGGAGCGCCUCGUGAGGGAGGUGUUUCGGAGGAUUGUAAGGAGCAGGACUGAGGGGCUCGACUCCAUAGCUCGAGCUAAUCUUCAGGAUUGAUUGGAAACAAUCCUUGUAUGUAUUAGAGAAUGUGAUUAUGAUGUAUUAGUUGGAAACAAUCUUGUGUUUUACAUCGUUUUCGUUUUGUAUAAUGGAUUUGGGGGUUCACAUUUGUGUAUAUUCACACAGGAAAUUGCAAGUUUGGAAAACAUGAUCGAUGUUGCAUCUUCA